AUGGAAAAGCCGAAAAAUGAUAUAAUACUGUAUAAACUAGUGUUAACAGGAGGCCCUUGUGGCGGAAAAACUACAGGUCAGGCAAGGUUAUGCACGUUCUUCGAAAAUCUUGGUUGGAAGGUCUUCAGAGUACCUGAAACUGCAUCAAUACUUCUCAGUGGUGGAAUAAAAUUUGCUGAUUUGAAUGUUGAUGAAGCUGUCAAAUUCCAAGAACACCUUCUCAAGACGAUGCUGCAAAUUGAAGAUACUUUUUUUGAGUUGGGGAAAACAUCGAAACGAAACUGUCUAAUAAUUUGUGAUAGAGGAGCAAUGGAUGCCUCAGCAUUUAUAGCCAGAGAGAAAUGGGAGAAUAUAAUGAGUGACAACACGUGGAACAGCGUCGAGUUGCGAGAUAAUCGAUAUAAUCAAAUUAUUCAUAUGGUGUCAGCUGCCAAAGGUGCCGAAGAGUUUUAUUCGAUAGAGGACCACAACUGUCGUUCGGAAGACGUCGAGCUGGCGAGAGAGCUCGACACGAAGGCGGCCGCCUCCUGGGUGGGCCACCCCUACUUCGACGUCAUCGACAACUCGACGAACUUCGAGGGCAAGAUGCGCAGGAUGAUCGGCUCGGUGUGCCACAAGAUCGGCAUCGAUACGGGCGACCGACUGCUCAAGAACUCGCGCAAACACAAGUUUUUGGUGGAAGGGCCGCUGCCCCAGGACUCGGCUUUCCCACCCUUCCAAGACUUCGAGGUCGUGCACAACUAUCUGCAGUCGAAUUCGCCCAAUCAGGUCAGGUUGCGAAAGCGCGGGCAGAAAGGCCAUUACAGUUAUAUACAUACUGUGAGGAGACAAAAUCAACCAGGGGGACAAGUCAUCGAAGUCAAAACUCAAAUAGGUCACCGUGACUACAUCAAUCUGUUAACACAAAAGGACAAUUCGCAUUUCACGAUAUACAAAAGGCGACGAUGCUUCAUUCAUAACAAUCAGUAUUUUCAACUCGAUAUAUACGAGCAACCCAGCCAUCCGAGAUGCAGAGGGAUGAUUUUUCUGGAGACUUAUUCUGCUUUGGAAAUUGAUCAGCUUCCCAAAACGUUGCCUUCUUUUCUGAACAUAAAGAAAGAAGUGACUGGAAAUGCAGAUUAUUCCAUGUACAAUCUAUCCCUGAGAGAGGACUGGAAGACAUCUAAAAAGUUCUACAGAUCGAUUGCAGAACCGGAUGAUUCUACAGUACCACCAACCCAAUAUCCUGAAAUAAUUCAAGUUGAUUCAAAGGACAUCGAUUGCAAAAAAUCAUUUAACAAAUACAACGGUCAUUUGAAUGGUGGAGCAUUGAAUGGGGAAGCUUAA